UGCUUUAAACCCUACAAAUCCUUGUUUCUCCUUCAAACUCCUUCCCAAUUCUCUUCCUCAAUCCAUCCAAAUUCUCUUUCUCAUGGCUUACGCUCUUCCUGAUGAUGCUCUCUUUCUUGGCCUUGAUAGCUCCACUCAGUCAUUGAAGGCAACCAUCUUAGAUGCCAACCUUUCGAUCGUCGCUUCAGAGCAAAUCAACUUUGAUUCUGAACUGCCACACUACAAGACCAAGGAUGGUGUCUAUAGAGAUUCUUCAGAUAAUAGCAGAAUAGUUUCCCCAACCCUGAUGUGGGUGGAGGCUUUGGACCUUUUGCUAGAAAAGUUGAAGUCUAAAGUGGACUUUGGAAGGGUUGCUGCUAUUUCAGGUAGUGGACAACAACAUGGAAGUGUUUACUGGAGGAAGGGUAGCAAUGCUAUCUUAGCCUCUUUAAACGCGAAAGUGCCUUUAGUGUCACAGCUUGCUGACGCUUUCUCUACAAAGGAGUCACCUAUAUGGAUGGACAGCAGUACUACUGUGCAAUGCCGAGAAAUUGAGGAAGCUGUGGGGGGUGCACUGGAAUUAUCAAAGCUUACUGGAUCCCGUGCAUAUGAGAGAUUCACAGGGCCCCAAAUUCGGAAGCUAUUUCAAACACAGGAAGAAAUUUAUCAUAACACUGAGAGGAUCUCUCUUGUCAGUUCCUUCAUGGCUUCUCUUCUAAUUGGAGGUUAUGCUAGUAUCGAUGAGACUGAUGCAGCAGGCAUGAAUUUGAUAGAUAUUAAGGAGCGUAUUUGGUCUAAAGUUGUUUUGGAGGUUACUGCUCCGGGUUUAGAGGAGAAGCUUGGGAAAUUGGCACCAUCUCACACAGUUGCUGGUCCAAUAGCUCCAUAUUUUGUGGACAAGUUUCAAUUUAAGAGCAGCUGCUUGGUUAUCCACUGGUCUGGAGACAAUCCAAAUAGCUUGGCAGAGCUGGAGUUGUCACUGCAAGACCUGAAUGAAAAGGCGUACAAAUUAUUUUUGGAGUUCAUGACAAGGUAUGUUAUAUGAUUAAGAACUCUGUAAUAAUGAAUGUUAUCAUUGUUGUGAUUUUUUAUUUGGCUUUUUUCGCUUGCAGAACUGAAUUUCAUUCUAUGUCGCUAUGGCUAUUUUUGUUUGAAAUCUUGGAAAAUUUUAUAUUUACUGAAAUGUGCACCCCACGCAACAAUGACCAAAUUGCACGGGGUGCGCAUCUACGUGGUUUUUUAAAAACAAAACGGGUCCAGGUAUUUUUUUAAAUAUUUUUUUUAAAACAAAACAUAUAAUGCGGAGCCCAUUUGAUUUUUAAAAUAAAAAAUAAUAUAUUUUUUAUUUUAGUCCCUCCAAAUACUGCAACAAUCAAGGGUGUGCGCACAAUCGAGAAUUAAACACCCGGCUGGGACUCUAUGGCAUCCUAUGCAUAAGGGACCCCUAUAAGUCGUACAUGGUGAACCUUUACUCACCAUGCGUUGGGUGAGAUUUGAACUAACCUCAUGUAUGAGCGUGAAAACCUUAUCCAUUGAGCUAGCCCAAUAUUGGUUUUAAGAUGUUUCUCUUUGCCCACUUAUACUUCUUUACAUUUAUUUUUAUCCGUUUAUUCUCAUUUUUAAUAAUUUAAAGAAAUUAGUAUAUUUUUUACAAUGUUUUUUUUUACAACAAUGAGAAUGUUGAAUUUCAUUAUAACGAUCAUGCUUAAUAAUAAUUAAAACAAACUCAUGCAAUAUUGUCAAUGGAUGAGAACAAUUAUAUUUAUUAGGAAGAGUUUGCAACAAUUAUAAUGUUUAGGCUACAUUACACUAAUGUUGCGCUUGUUGCAUUUGUCAAAAA